AUUAAACAGAAUUAUUAUGGAAAGAACAUCCGAGUUAGAAGACUUUCACUUCAAAUUCAAAAUAUCAAUCGUAGGAGACACAGGGGUGGGCAAGUCCUCCUUCCUUGAUGCCAUUACACAGAACUUGGGCAAGGUCGUUGAGAACGAAUCGUCAACUGAGCUUAACACAAAGACCACAUUUUACAUCGAUGAUUCGUACAUGUACAAGAUUGUAUACUUUGACAUGCAGGGAAAGGAAAGACAUCACAAGUAUAUCCAUAACUACUGCAACGGAUCUACAGGUGUCAUCUUCCUCUUCGAUGCAAGCAAGCGAUCAACUUUCGAAAAAGUUGAGCAAUGGAUCAUCGAAUGUGAAAAAUGUGAUGCUCCCAUCAAGAUCCUUGUAGGUAACAAGAUUGAUGUCGUAAUGACAAAGAAAAACGUUCUCAACCCUGUUACCAAGGUUGAAGGACUUGGUCUCGCCAGGAAAUACGGCAUGGAGUAUUUCGAAACUAGUUCAAUUGGAGAAGCCAGCAUUGUGCAAGUCUUUGAUCAUUUAUUCAACUCUCUGCUAAACCUCAUUCCAAAUCCCCCAGAUCCAGAAGCCUUGAUGGGUAAGAAUGUCGUUCUUGGGAAAAGAGUUUCCAGCGAUAUCAAAUUUAAGAUGGCGUUAGCCGACAUGCUGCCAAACUAUGAUUAAUCUCAUAACCUGAUUUCCACCUCUACGAAAAA